AAGAGAGAGAGAGGGGGACUGUAAGAAGAGAAAGAGAGCCCGCGACUCAGAAGUUGUAUGUAGAGCUGUGGUGUUGUUGUGUUAGGCGCAUAUUUGGAAUCUAGCUGUGCACUUUAUCCUGUUCUUUCUAAGGAAUAUAUUUAAGCUUGCAAUCACGUCUGCACCUUUAACACAAACAAAACAGUUUCUUUUUUUGUCGCCGUCUGCCACUGGUGUCACACCACACACAAUGUUGAAAUUUCUGAAGAAAAACCAUUCGAAGGAUAGUGAAGAACGAGAGCGAUUGAAAAAGGAACUGUUCGGAUUUACGCGGUGUGUGGACCAUGGUUUUCCCAGUCAACCGAGGGCUCUUGCAUAUGACCCUAAGCUGAAGUUGCUUGCAAUAGGAACUAAAACAGGAAUAUUAAAAAUUUAUGGCGCACCAGGUGUAGAAUUUGUUGGUCAGCAAAAGAAAGAUGUUUCUAUUAAUCAACUUUUCUUUUUACCUGAGCAGGGUCGUCUCAUCACCCUUUGUAGUGACAACUCCCUACACCUUUGGGAGAUUAAUGAAAAGAAGGAAGGAAAUGCUGUGUUGGAAGAGGUUAAAGAAAUUUCCAUGGAAUGCAACAAACUGAAGACCAUUUCCACAUGCUCUUUGACUCUGAAUAGUGAUAAGUUACUUAUUGGUACAGAGGGAGGAAAUAUCCAUAUUUUGGAGGUGCAAACUUUUACACUUUUGGAACAAAUCAUCAGCCAAGAUGUCGUCAUGCAAAGUAUGCCUGAAGUCUCGUCAAACCCAGGUGCUGUUGAGGCUAUUGCUGUUCAUCCUACCAAUCCUGACAAGUUUCUUAUUGGAUUCAAUCGUGGUUACAUAGUUCUGUGGGACAACAAAACCAACAAUGCUGACCGUACUUACAAUGCAAGCCAACAGCUGGAGAGUUUGGACUGGCACCGUAAUGGUACAGAUUUCAUUACUGCGCAUGCAGAUGGCAGCUAUCUAAAAUGGAGCACCGAGGAAUCUUCGUCUCCAAAAGAGUCUUCGACAACACCUUAUGGACCAUUUCCUUGUAAAGCCAUCAGUAAGAUUCAGUGGAAAUCCUCUAAAUCUGGUCCGUUUUACAUAUUUUCGGGUGGCAUGCCACGUGCUAGCUAUGGAGAUAAGCACACUGUCACCGUAAUGCAGGAAGAGAACCAUGUUGUUUUUGAUUUCACUUCAAAAGUCAUCGAUUUUAUCACUGUUUCCACAGCUGACGAAGAAGACAAAGAGGACGGUAGACAAGAAUACGAUGAACCGCAUGCUUUGGUUGUCUUGGUUCAAGAAGAAAUUGUUGUCAUUGAUUUGGACUCACCCAACUGGCCUGCUUUCAAACUCCCCUAUUUAAACAGUUUACACUCCUCGGCUAUUACCUGUUCAUACCACGUUAACAAUGUACCGGAACAAUUAUGGCAAAAAAUCAUUGAUGCUGGAGAGACCCAAGUCGGAAAAUUUUCCCAUAGGACCUGGCCUAUUGAUGGUGGCAAAACACUUGCUUCCGAAACAUUAACCAGGGAUUUGUUGUUGACUGGGCAUGAAGAUGGCACAAUUCGUUUCUGGGAUGCUUCAACCACAAGUCUUACAUUCCUAUACAAGCUCUCUACUGCCAAUAUCUUCAGUGGAGAAACUUCCCCACCAGAUAAUUCCGCAGGAGAGGCUGAAGAAGAAUGGCCACCUUUUAAAAAGGUUGGCAGUUUCGACCCCUACAGUGACGAUCCUCGUUGGGCUAUUCAGAAGAUUGCUCUUUGCCCUCUUAGUGAAACCUUGAUAGCAGCAGGGACCGCUGGUCAAGUCAUAGUCCUGCAGAUGGAACGAGAACAACGAGAGCAAGAGGUGACCCAUGUCACCAUAAACAUUGUCGGAGAUAGUGAUAACUUUGUUUGGAAGGGCCAUGAAGCUUUAGCACCCCAAGAAGGAGAUCUGAAAUUUGCUCCUGGCUUUCAACCAACCUGUGUAAUGCAGCUGUUACCCCCUGCAGCUUGUACAUCUCUCGCUAUUAACUCAGAAUGGCAACUUGGUGCUGCUGGUACUGCUCAUGGAUUUGCUCUCUUCGAUUAUUGCCAGAAGAAAGGAGUACUCUAUCGCUGCACUUUAAAUCCAAAUGACAUGACCAAUGCUGUUGUGAAUGACUCUCUUCUUUCUCGCCGUAUUUCUUUCAAAAAAUCAUUGAGAGAGUCAUUCCGGCGCUUAAGAAAAUCCCGUGCUAACAGACGAGAGAAAAUGAAAAAAGAAAAAUGGGCCAGGCGAAAUAAACGAAUGAAUUGUGAGAUUGAAGGUGGAGAAGCAGUCUCUACUGAAGGCACAGCGCCAGCUGAAGGUGCUUCUGCUAGUGCAUCUCCUUUGUCAUCAUCUCCAGAACUAAAACCAAUGGAGAGGCAAGUAGAAGCCCGGAGUUUGGAUGAUUCCAUGGCCUCCAUAGUGAGAUUCUUGUAUUUCGCUGAUACUUUUGCAAUCAACAAUACAUCUCAUCAACCUACACUGUGGGUAGGUACCAAUGCUGGAUACGUAUAUAUCUACACAAUAACAAUACCACCAAGUGACAAACGUGCCUCUGAAUCUGUUAGUUCAUUCCUUGCUAAAGAAAUAAAACUACGCCAUAGAGCUCCUGUCAUUUCUAUGGCUGUUAUCGACAAAAGGGCUCGUGUGCUACCAGAGCCACUUGAAGUGUUACACGAACGUGCCAAGGCUGCCGAUAUGAGUGGGGAACACCAACUAGUUGUUUGUUCAGAAGAACAGUUCAAGGUAUUUUCCCUUCCUAAUCUAAAACCAGUGUGCAAGCGCAAACUUACAGUCAUAGAUGGAUCAAUGGUUCGGAAAGUGUCUUUUGUCAACUUCAGGAGUCGUAGUGAUGAAAAUUACAGUGAAUUUGAUAUAGCUUGCUUGACCAAUCUUGGAGAAUUAAGAAUCUACACUCUACCAAGUCUUCGGUUACAGCUGGCAGAAAAUUCCAUUAAGAAAGAGGACCUAAAUGGCAUUUCAUCUUUUAUUUUCACAAAGAAUGGUCAAGGGUUCCAUUUGAUCUGUUCGUCUGAGUUUUGCCGAACAUCGUUAUCAAAACGUUAUGUCACACAACCAAACUGCACCAUAGAAUUGGCAGAGGGAAUGCGACCUGAACCAGUUGCUGAGCCUGAAGCUUUGCCAGAAACAGAACAACAGCCUGCAGAACCUUCAGAACAAGUGAAUGCCCCAUCCACAGAGAACCCUGCUAAUGAACUCAGAGAGGGAGAAGCAGAAGGACCGGAAGGCACCGGGACAAAUAAUGAUGUGGCUGAAAAUAUCGAGGGAUUGAUUGAGGAAACCCAACACAAUGAUUCACGGGCUGACACCACCACCACCACCACUGGUGAUAUCUCUCAAGAUAGUAUCAUAGAUGUAGCAUCCGAAGCUGGUACUCUCAGUCCUACGGCUUCUCCAAUCACAACUGAGACUGUUAAUGUAAAUGCGACAACUAUCACCACUACUACUAUAACAACAACAACAACAACAGAAGGCACCCCACUGAACAUUACUGGCGACAGUGAUUGUCCCGAAAACAGUAAAGCUGCUGUUGAGAUUAAUACCAUCGUCACUGAAACUGAGGACAAAUUCAAUGACUUGAAGAUCAAAGGAGUGACUACUGUGACAGUUCUUGAACAAGUGGCCCAAGCUGUAGAAGGUUAAAGCUUUCUGCCCUCCCCAGCUUUCUCUUUCUCCCUCCCUCCCUCCCCUCUCUCUCCCCAUACUGUGGUUAUUCACAUUUGUCAGAUUGGCGUCUUGUAACAAUGACUGCAAAUUACAUCCCCUCCAACCCCCCCUAGCCCUAUCCUCAAAGAAAACCUUUUAAAAAUAUCUGCGAUUAAUCUAUAUUCCAGCUUCAGUUAUGUUUGUUUGUUUAAAAUAAUUUUAUCCUUUUCUUUGUCUCAAUAUUUUCAUGAAAAAAGAAAAAUGAUUGAUUUAACCAUUUUUUUUAAACACGCUAUCAUAGAAAGAAAAAAAGAAGAUAUAUUAAAAAAAAAUGCUAAAAUGAAAUUUAAUGGUUUCUAUUUUCCUAUUUCAUUUGUUUUGUAAAGAGUCUUAUCGGUUUUAUGGAAUGUGCCAAUGCAAUCAUUUUUUAAAAAAAAAAAGGAAGACAAGAAAAAUAGGGACUGCAUAAUGUGAUGUACAUUUUCUCCUCUUCUUCCCAUCCUCUGCCCUCUUUAUAUUUCUUUCUCUCUCUCUCUCUCUUUUUUUUUUAUUUCUUUUUAAGAAAAAGCUACCAUCAAUGAAAUAAAGAAGAAAAUAUGGUUUCUGAUAGUGGGGUGCACUUACAGAAGUUCUAACUUCUUCAUCAUGGAGAUUCCGAACAAUCAGUCUUACUGAAUAUUUUGAAAGUUGCUGGAUAGCUUUUCUCACCUUCUCUUAACCCAUCUCUCGCCCCACCACCACCUCCCACCACCCCUUCACUUUGGUGUAUAAAUUGGAAUUUGUGUUAUUCUGGUUUCUUUCAUUGUCUGGAUCCUGAAUAUAUAUAAUAUAUAUAUAUAUAAACGUGUGUAUGUAUAUCUUUAAUUUACUCUUUACUCAAAGUUGGUCAUGUGUGUUUGUUUAUGUUUUUGGUUUGUUUUUUAUGUUGUAUUUGUGGCCCUUGUUAUUCCUCUUAGUGGUUUUUUUUGUUUGUGUGUGUGUGUGUAUUUCUGUCUUCUGUCUGAAAAAGUGCUUUUUUCAAAUUGUCCUGGACCACUGCUUCUCUGUACACGUUUAUCUCGGAGCAUUAUUCUGGGAGAGUAAGCUUAUUCCGUACAGCAAAAACAACAACAAAAAAAGCUAAAUUAAUACAAGAUACGGCAACGAAAAAAACAAAAAAGGAAACCGAAAAACUCCCACAU